AAGAAGACAAAACUCAGACGUCAUUUCCGGUCCUGCAACUUUGCUCACAUAUUCCAGGUACCGGCAAGCUCACCUGGUCAUCCUCCCUAAACAUUUGGCCGACGACUUUGAGGCGUUCUGCCACAGUAAUCCUGCUCCUUUGCCGCUGCUGGAGCGCAGACAGUGGGGGGACAACUCCUGCCCGCCUCUGGCUAAAGAUGAUGUCAUCAGGCGUUCUGAAAAGCACAAUACCAGUGGUCACCUUUGAAGAAAGUGGUCCAAACUCUGCACUUCAUUUCUUGUGUCACCAUGGCGACACGACUAAGCCCAGGUAUGACCACAUGGUGGCGAUAGAGCGCAGCGGGCGAGCUGCAGAUGGGAACUACUACAACAUGAGAGGAAUAAACAUCAAACAUCUUGUGGACCCAAUUGAUGACUUGUUUAUUGCUGCACACAAGCUGGCAGGAAUGACAAGUACAGGAAUUGGUGAUGGAGGCAAUGAGCUGGGGAUGGGCAAAGUGAAGGACAAGGUGAAAAGCCUGAUGCCAAAGGGGGAGCUGAUAGCCUGUGAGGUUCCCGCGGACUACGCCAUCACCGCAGGGGUGUCCAACUGGGGAGGGUACGCUGUGGCCUGUGGCCUCUACCUGCUGCACACCUGUCCCACACACCUGCGAUAUCUGCACAAAGGACUGGGGAAGCAUCACCUGACUUCUCAAGUGUUACAACAUUGCACCGCCAACCUGCCAUCUGUGGACAAGGCGUUCUGA